GGAAGUAACCGUCAUUGUCUCGGAUGGUGGUGGUGCGAUUUGAGAGAGCCAGAGUGAGAGAAGAGAGAUAAACGAAUGUCGAUCCGACGUUCAGCAUGCCUGUUGUGCGAUAGUUGUGUUUCCUCAAAGGAAAAUGUAGAUCUGGUGUUUGGUGAUAUUCUUGAGACAUUACACGUUAAAGAACAUUUGAUGCAAGACAAGAAUUUGAUACAACUUCAAAUAUUUGGUGGAGGAAGAGUCUGUCUUCAUGAUUGACCGAGACUGACUAUUGUAUCAGUGAGCAAGAAUGAAUGGUUGAUGAGAGUAGGUGUGGCGUAUAGUGGGCUCUAUAGUCUGAUGUCUUGGUUUAUAAGGAAAAGAACUUUGAAAGUGACUGAAUAAUUUCGAAGCUGAUCUGUAAAUUAGCCCAUCGUCAGUGAGGUUGCCAUUUAAUUUAUGAGGCCAUAAUUUGUUCUGGGUUUGUUAGCAGAAAAGCUAGAAAAAAGCAGUCCAAAGAAUUGAGUGAGAAUAAAAAAGAGAAUGAGAAUGCUGUCUGUUUAAUGUAAAUGACACUCCGUACUAGAUCUAGAUCUAUACACUAAUGAAUGGCUAUAGACUAUGAAAAGUUGAUAGAGGGUUGAACUGCCCUCCUCUGUUGGCAUACAGUAGAAACCUUUGUGUUGUUCAAAGUUGUUUUACAGUACAGCCCCCAAGCCCAAGAAGACGAGAUGGCUAAUCUUGAGGAAUCUCUCCAGGGUUUGACUGCUCUUAUGAAUGAGUUCUUUGCCCCACAGACUGGCAAUGAGAGGAAAAGAGAGAUAGAAACGACCCUAAAUGAGUUCACUCAGAUGUCCAAUGCUUGGGAGAUGUGCUUGUUCUUCAUGGCCAAUACUCAAAAUGAAUACGUCCAGAUGUUUUGCUUGAAUGUUAUUGAGAGUGUUAUAAGCCGAAAAUGGAUGAACUUGUCGCCAAAUGAAAAGCUGGAGAUUCGAAGCAGAAUCUACGACUCAUUACUACAGCAUCAUUCAACGUUACCCAGCUACAUAAGAAACAAACUUGCUAAAUUGCUGGUCAGCAUAGGACGCAAUGACUGGCCACACUUUUACCCAGACUUCUUUUCAAACAUUUUGCAGCUGGCCCAGCAGAGUGAGACGGCGUUGCUGGGUGUGGUCCUGCUGCAGACGGUGUCCGAGGAGUUGGCCGCCCCCAGGGACGACCUCAGCAUGUCCAGGAAGGAAGAACUCUUGAGGCUGCUGCAACACCAAGUGCCCAAUGUCCUCAAUAUUCUCAACAAUAUUCUGGAGGCCAUGUUGGAGAAGCACCGCCACCUGGUUGUGGCCACACCUCCCCCGUCCCCGACCUCCGGUGAUGGAAGCUCAAGGUCGUCCCGACAAACCACAAACCAACUCAUCUCUUCAUCUCCCAUUGCUAAUGCCAACUUUGUGUCCUUGCUACUGGGCAGUCCAAACCGAGGCCCACAGAUGGAGGCCCUCCCCCCACUAGACGAGGCCUCGCAUCAGUUGUGCUGGACGGGACUCACGUGCCUUUCCCACUUCCUAUCAUGGAUCCCGCUGUCGACAGUAGUCAGGCCUCAGCUGCUGUCCACCAUAUUUCACUUUGCCGCGUUCGGCUGCCAGCCCUCGGUGGAGAGCAACAGUGCGGGGAGCUCCAGGAGUGGAGCAUUCAGUAGCAGCACCCACAAACUUGGAAUUCUGGCCAUGAACUGCAUCAAUGAAAUCUUGGGGAAAAAUUGUGUGCCCCAAGAGUUUGAAGACUUCCUGCUUCAGAUGUUCCAGCAGACAUUCAGUUUGCUACAGAAAAUCACAAAGUCCAGUAAUACGAGUUCCACAGGAAACAGACUCGAGGAGCUGGAUGAAGUAUAUGUUGAGAAAUUCACAGAUUUCUUACGCUUGUUUGUGAGCGUCCAUCUACGAAGAUUUGAGUCCAACCCGCAGUUUCCAGUGCUAGAAUUUCUCUCCCUUUUAUUCAAGUAUACAUUUAAACAGCCCAGCAUAGACGGCUAUUACAGGUGUCUCGAUAUCUGGACCACUUUCCUGGAUUUCUUAAUCAGCAAACUGGACUCAAGAUUAAUAAGUUUAGACGACAUUUCAGCAAGAUAUAAAGAAGCCUUGACAUCAUUGCUUGCCAGUAUACUUCAGAAGCUGCAGUUCCGUUACAAUCAGUCUGAACUGGAGGAGUUGGACGAUGAUGUACUGGAUGAUGAUGAUGAAACAGAAUGGCAACAUUUCUUGAGACAGAAUCUGGAACUUGUUGCUAAAGUGGCAGAACUUUUCACAGCAGAUGUGUUUCAAAUAUUGUGGGAACCAUUUCAAGAGUAUGUGGAAACUUUUUUUGGAAUGGAGAAAUAUGUUGACAGCUCAGGCUCUGAGAGGAAACUUCUUGUCUCGGCGGAGAACGAUUGCCGACGAUUGCACUGUGCCCUCCGAGACCUUUCCUCACUGCUGCAAGCUUUGGGCAGACUGGCAACUCACUUCAUCGGAGAACAUUUCAGUGCCUGUUUUUCAAAUGGGGCUCAAAUUGUUACCAGACUGGUGGAAGUGAUGUCGUACGGAAGUCGUGUCAAGCUGUUUGAAGUGACCACAUCAGCCGGUGUAUUACAACAGGACUUUAUUGAACUACAUGCUCAGUCGCUGGCUGCUGUGAAGGCGUACACCCAUUGGAUGUCCCAAUUCUACUCAGAGAGCCUGCGCACCAACCAACACCAGGACCAGUUCCGCUCCAUGGUGAUGACCGUCACUGAGGCCUUGGCGCCUCUAAUUAACAAACAGACUCCGGAGAAGAUUGUCCACUCGAGCGCUCAUUUGUUGUUGUCCAUCAGCACAACCGUUCGUCCGGCGUUUCUGUUGGAGUCCCCGGCUGUCCUUUCCCUGUAUGACAAUGCCAUCCAAGGACUGUACCAAGCUCUCUCUGUGCAGGUCCAGCUACUGGUGUACCGAUCCCUGUCCCACUACCUUGUGUUGCCGUGGCCGCUGCCUGUGUCGGGGAACCAGGACUGGGACAAGCGGGCGGAGCACCACAAGCUUCUCGUCUCACGACUCACGGCAAAGUUCACAGCGAUGGCCGCCACACCCGAGUUUGCUGCCUCCCCAGCUGCUCAAGAACAAGCCAAACCAGUGGUGAAGUGGACGAUGCAGGUGUGCCAGGACUGGGUGGAGUCUCUGGCCGGCGAGGUGGUCAAGUCCAAACAGAUGUGCUGCCUGUCCCUGCAGGAGGUCACGCAGACGGCACUGGCCAUCUUCCCGGUCUAUGUCAAGGACGCGGAGGUCAUAGGUCAUGUUGUGGCCUUCUUCCUGGCUGUGUUCAAAGGGCUGCGGGUGCAGAUGGGCAUGGCGUCCCUAGAGAAAAUUGUGCACACUUUUAUGAAUGUCUUCUCGUCAGACAUGUUGGCACAGAUCAUCAACCAAGAGACCAGUGGGGCUUUCAGAGUUAUUGAAAAUUUCCUUAUUCUUUUGGAAUUGAUUGUCCAAGAGCCCGGCUCUCAGUUCAAAGCAUUCCUCCCCCGUGUUGUGUCCAUUUCCCUGGGCCAGAUACAUCCCAUCGUGGCUCCUCGCCAGUCCCCAGACUUAAAGUGCACUUCCUAUCACCUGAUGCAUGAGAUCCUGAUGAACAACUGGAGGUACUUCUUUAGAGGCUCAGUGCUGGACUCCAUGAAGGAAGGAGUGGAAGACUUGGAGAACAGCGAACAGUUUGUGGCCAUUUUACAGGCAUAUGGACAAUCUUUCCUGCAGUCGGACAUCAGUAUCUUCAGGCAGAACCUUGAUUCCCUGGAAAGCCUUCACUUUAAGUGGAAGUUGUACAAUAAGAAAAUCUUCAAGAAAGUCAUGUGUCCCCAAUUCCUGACGGUGCUACUGCAAGUGUUGGUGCAGAAGUCACAUGACCUUCUACAGGAAGAGAUCGUCAUUUCUGUGUACAACAUGGCCGCUGCAGACUUUGAAGCUUUCUUCUCUCAGUUCUUACCGCAGUUCUUGCACUCCUUGCCAGGCAUCGACGACAAUCAGAAAUCUGUUCUUGCUAACAACUUUAAAACGGAACAGGAUUUGCCAUCCUUCACUCAGACUGUUCAGCGGUUUGUGAACGACAUACGUUAUUAUUCACUCAUCAACAGCAGUUUGCCCGCAGGUUCCAUCUCAUUCACGUAGUAUUAAAAUACUUCUGUCAAUGGGAAAUGUUUGCUCAAUGUAAGUCCAUCUGCUAAAGAAACGAAUAACCCCCCAUCCCCACCUCCCCACCUCCACAACAAAUGACUGUGGAGAUCCACUUUAUCGAUUCUGCGUUUUCUGUUAAAGAAAAAAAAUUGAAUGAGGUGUGAUAAUUUGACUUCCAUGUUUUGAGUCGGGAGCUCAUUUCAGUGGCUGGGUGCAAGUUUGCAAUGAAGUGUGUGUGUGUGUGUGUUUCUAUGUGUGUGGGGGAGGAGGGGGAGGGGGGUGGGGAGUGGUGCUAUUCUUUUCUUUUGCUGCCAUCAAAGUCCCUCUCCUGUUGGAGAAAUUCGUUCCAUAGAGCAAAAUAUGGUUUGCCUCCAUUGUGGACUGAUGCAGAGGGGCCAAGAUAGAAGGACAGUCUGGAUGUGUUUGCUUGGCUCGAGGACAGAAAGAACCAGUGCACGACAAAAGCCUUACUUCAACCUUUUGGAUUUAUAAAUGCUGUUCUGUUGAGCAAAUCAAAAUUGGUUCCACUGCCUGUCACUUUCAGCAUGUCUGUAUAAAUAAUAUAUGGUGCUCUUGGUGUAAGUUAAAUGCUUUUUGUAGCUUUGCUAAAUAAAUGUAUUUUGUUGUGUUUGUUUAUAUUUGCCUACCACUGUAUUGUUCAUACUUUUGAAUAUUACAACAUUUUUCUUGUACACUGUCUUUAUGUACAUUUAAAAGAUAAAGUACAUAUAUUUUUGUAUAUAUUUAUAUAUUAUUUGAGUAUUAUGCUAAGUCUGUUGUAAAAUAUUUGACUGUGUCAUAGACGGAUUAUUUUGUUUUUCAAGAACUUUCUGAAACCAUGAGAUGAUGCGAGAGAAACUUUCUGUUGCUGUGCUGAAUGCUUGUGCAUAAACUAGAAUAGUUUGGUUAUCACUGUGGUAUUGGUGUUGGUAUUGCUCUGUAAGUUAGAUGGAAAUAAAACUCAUUUUGAAAAUAAAA